UGCCCGCCCCCGUGGGCUGAGGAGGAAGCGGCGGGAGCGCAGGUGCCGGUGGCGGCGGGCGAGAGAGAGGGAGAGAGAGAGAGGAUGCGUCUGCGGUCGGGGGCCUUGGCGGCGUCGUGCCUCCUGGUGCAGGCGCUGGGGGCCGGCCUCUUCCUCAGGGGCUUCUUCCCGGCGCCGGUCCGGUCGCGCUCCCUCCGCGGGGCGGCCCCCAUCCCUCCGCCGGAGCCGCCGCCCUCAGGAUCAUCUUCCAAUUGGACCAAGGUUCCAUCUCCUCUCUUUAAAAGGACAGUCAUAAUGCUAAUUGAUGCCCUGCGGGACGACUUCGUUUUCGGUUCAAAAGGGGAACAGUUCAUGCCCUAUACAUCGCAGCUGAUUGAAAAAGGAACAUCUCAUAGUUUUGUUGCGGAAGCUAAGCCGCCUACAGUCACUAUGCCUCGAAUCAAAGCAUUAACCACUGGCAGCAUCCCAGGCUUCAUUGAUGUCAUCAUGAACCUCAAUUCUCCUGCCUUGCUGGAGGACAACUUGAUCUGGCAAGCCAAAGCAGCUGGGAAACGGAUCAUCUUUUAUGGCGAUGACACCUGGGUUAGACUGUUUCCAAAGCAGUUUGUAGAAUAUGACGGAACGACAUCCUUUUUUGUCUCUGACUACACCGAGGUUGACAACAAUGUAACCAGACAUUUGGAUAAAGUGCUGAAAAGAGAAGAUUGGGACUUACUCAUCCUUCACUACUUAGGACUGGAUCAUAUUGGCCACCUCAGUGGACCAAACAGCAUUUUAAUAGGAUCCAAACUUUCUGAAAUGGAUGGCAUCAUCAAGAAGAUUCAUACUUCUCUCCUCUCCAAGGAAGAAGGAGAAAAGGCUCUGCCUCCAUUACUGGUUGUGUGUGGUGACCACGGGAUGUCUGAAACGGGGAGCCAUGGAGGUUCCUCAGAGGGAGAAGUGCGGACACCCCUGCUCUUGAUCAGCUCCGCUUUCAACAAAAGAAAUGGUCCCCAGAAACCCCCAGAACUUGUUCAGCAGACUGACUUAGCUGUUACGCUGGCACUAGGCCUUGGCUUGCCAAUUUCAAGGAACAGCGUUGGGAAGCUGCUGCUGCCUGUUGUACAACAGAAGACAAUGAGAGAACAGCUACGGUACUUGCAUUUAAAUGGAUUCCAGCUCAGCCGACUUCUCCAAGAGAAUGUGCCAGCGUAUGAAAAAGAUCCUGGAUUUGAACAGUUUAAGAUGGCAGAGAAAUCUCAUGGAAAUUGGAUCAAGCUUUAUUUGGAUGGAAAUACUUCAGAAACUCUCAUAAACCUUGGCAAGAAGGUCCUUAAGCAGUAUUUGGAGGCUCUCAAGACCCUGAGCUCUUCUCUAAGCAAGCAAGUGGCGCAAUAUGACAUGUAUUCAAUGAUAGUGGGAACAGUGAUUGUUCUGGAGGUGCUGCUCCUACUCUUGCUGAGCACCCCAAAAGCCCUGAGCAGCAAGGCACAACUUGAGGUCCCCCUCUCUCCAUUGUGUUCUCUGCUCUUCUACCUGUUGUGCCUGAUGCUCUGUGCUGUUCAUGUAGUGGUUUGUACCUCGAUGGAAAGCUCGUGCUAUUUCUGUAGCCUCUCAUGGAUAACAGCCAUUGGAGUGAUAAUGCUGGUCUCAGGGCUGCUGUGUGUCAUCCUGUCUACUGUGGAAAAUGGAUUUGUGAAUCCAAAACAACCAGCAAAGAAUCCAGCUGCCUCCACUUCCAGCUGGUCUGAAUUUGAUGUACUCAUUUUGGCAGGCACCAUUGGCCAUGUGUCAAGUCUGGGUGCUAGCAGCUUUGUUGAAGAAGAGCACCAAACGUGGUACUUCCUUGUCAAUACCCUCUGCCUUGCCCUGUGUCAAGAGAUCUGCAGGCACUACUUCUUGGCCACAGAAGGUGAUCUUCCGCUUCUCUCUGCAGCAAAACCUGGUUCAGAGGAAACAAAGGGAGCGUCUUCCCACCACAGGAAGGAUGUUGACCUCUUCCAGGAUGAUUUGAAAAUGGGCAAGGUCUCUUCCACCGAAGACAUAAGUGGUUCUGGGAAGUGGAUGGCAUUAGCCACUCCAUGGGUCAUUCUUAUUUGCUGCCGGCUGCUUCGAUCGUUGAAUCAGACAGGAGUACAGUGGGCACACAGACCAGAUUUGGGACACUGGUUGACAAGUUCUGAACAUAAAGCUGAACUUUCUCUUCUGGCAGCUGUAUCCCUUGUUAUGAUCUUUAUUCUUGUUCAACGGAGAUGUUCUCUGGUUUCGAAAAUAGCAAUGGCACUCGGACUCUUGGGAGUGUACAGUUACCGGGCAGCCAUUGGAAAUGUGGAAUUUCCAUGGCAACGAGACAGCAAAGAUAUUUCAAAAGGCAUAAUUGAAGCACGGUUCGUUUACAUCUUCGUUCUUGGCAUCAUCUUCACAGGCACCAAAGACUUGCUCAAAUCUCAGGUUCUUUCUGCGGACACAAAAACCAAGUUUACUGGUUUGUGGGAAAUAUACAGUGGGCUGGUGUUGCUCGCAGCACUCCUGCUGAGGCCGCACAACUUGCCAGUUUUAGUCUUUUGUCUGCUCUUCCAAGCCAUGAUGAUGAAGUAUGUUUGGAAGCCAUUGGAGUUUGAUGCUGCUCAAGUUACUAUAAUGCACUAUUGGUUUGGUCAAGCUUUCUUCUUUUUUCAGGGUAAUUCAAACAGCAUUGCCUCUGUAGAUGUUUCGGCUGGUUUUGUUGGGCUCGAGAACUAUGUAGAAAUCCCAGCAAUCUUCCUGACGGGAUUUGCAACAUACUCAGGACCUUUGCUGUGGGCCAUUCAUUUGCUGUGCUAUUUGAGUUCUGAAGUUCACAGGAAUCCUGCUGCAGUGGGCCACGGCUGCUUCUGCUAUGCGCUGCUGCGCUCCAUCCCGGUUGCAGUGUACAUCAUCUUGGUGACGGCUUUGCGGUACCAUCUCUUCAUCUGGAGCGUCUUUUCACCAAAGCUUCUCUAUGAAGGGGUCCAUGUCCUCAUCACAGCCGGUGUGUGCAUCUUCUUCACAGCAAUGGAUCAGAACCAUUUGCGCCGAGUCCAAGACUAAAAAGCCUCCAUUGUGUGGAAUCUGAGAUCAUGCUCAGAAAGCAACUGACUCUUUACUGUGGAUUGUGGAUUCUUGCCUUUCAGAUUACCCAGCGAACUUUAAAGAUCAAUCUAUUUUUAGCAAACAUGUUUUAUAAAUCAGCUGUGCUGCAACAAGUCUAUCCCAAAGUGCUGUUGCAGAGAUAAUGGGAGUGAUCUUUCAAACUCUAAUUAAAAGACUGAAUGGUUUGGAAGAUUGUACGCUCCCUGUCCCUUCCUGGACCAGAUCUCGUGGCCCCGCAGUUCAGCAGUACAUUGAUCUUAAAUACAGUGCAGAUUCUCUUAUUAAAUAAGAUUCUUAAAUCAGAACCUGAAGCUGUUUAAACUGAUUAUGUUGGAACAAGGCUCAUGUUAAUUACGGUUAAUAUGCACACUGAAUGCUUAAAAGUGGUUAAGGUAGGCGGAAAGAAAUUGGCACUGGAAGGGAGAGAAUUUGCAACCCACGCCCAAUCUUUUAAUUGCAAUGGAGAGAUCACCUCUGUUGUAUCUUCAGUCCCAAAUUGAUCCAGCUUUGGACGUUGGGAAAGGAGUUAUUCCCUUUUGUAUUGCUCUUUAUUGCUGUUAUUUUUCUAAAUCCAAAGAGAAUCUCCUAGAUGUUCAGUGAAUUUUGAUGGCAGGGGAGGGGAUUCUGUCUGUCAUCAGGGUUGUAUUUUAUUUUAUGGUAGUUCCCCAGUUCUCACUUCCUAGAUGGGAGUUGUUACACGAGGGCAGGGAUAGGCAAACUUUUUUGUCUUGGGGCCGCAUUGCGGACCCGACCAGGAGGGCUGGGCCAGGAGGGAGGGGGGCUAGGCACAUACUAGAAGGGGUGGGCCAGGGAGGGUCUAGGAGAGUAUGGGGCCAGGAGACGGUAGGGCAGGAGCUAAGUCAUCCUCAGAUUGUCUUCCCAACAUAAGGAUGGGGCUGUUUGCCUUAUUCUUAUACUGGGAGAAAGGCAGGACUUGCAGCGACUGCCCCAAUCCUCCUCUCCUGAUCCUCAGCCUGUCCUCUUGGCAUUAUGCCAGGAGGAGUGCAAGACAAGUGCUUGAGAGUGCUCCGGAGAGCUCUCAGCUGCUGAGUGCCUUCUUCGAGUCAUCCUCCUGGCAUAAAGUUGGGACUUCUCACACCAUCCUUAUGCCAGGAGGAGGUCAAGACAUAUGGUGACUGAGAGCGCUCCAGAAGACUUUCAGCUGCUACAUGCCUUCAUCCCCCAACUUUUUGGCAUAAGGACACAGCGGGCCACUGUGUCCUUCAGCCAAGAGGACAGGGAAAAUGAGGGUCUGAGGUAUGAACCCAAAGGGGCGCAUCCGGCUCCUGGGCCUUAGUUUUUCCAUGCCUGCUUUAGGGAGUAGUUUUCUGUCCUUCAUGACUUCAGCGGAAAGCUGGCUUGUGGUCAGUGCUCAAGAAUUUAAAACUCUGAAUUGCUAUCCCUCUUGGCUUUUUGUUGUGUGAUGGAUUAAAGACGUCCGAGAUGAAAAACUACUGGUUAAUAUAACACAAAGAAAUUCCAAUUUCCUGAGCAAAGUAAUGAAUACUGUUUUUGUUUCUAGUCAACCCCUCUGCUUCCCAAACCAUCCACUGCAAAGUCAGACCUUGUGGGAAUAUUUUCCCAUACUCCAGGAUGCCAUCUCGUCAACUCUGUAGAUGCCUGCCUUCUUUUUCUUUUGAUAUUCUCUGAACAUAAUGCCACACAAUAUGACCAGAUGUUGUAAACUGGAGAUUACAUAUAUUAAAAAUGUAAUAUAAUGUA